UCAAAGAGCUUUAUCCGCGUGCAUUUCGAGACGCAUUUAAAAAGAGACGCAUUUAAUAUCGCUGCGCAAGCGCAUGCUUAACAAAUCUCGUCGUAUCUACGAACUUCCUAUGCCAGUGGUCGUUAGUAAGGGUGCGUUAUCGAACCUCUGACGCUUGCGGAUCGCGAUAACACUCGGCCGUAUAUUCGACUCCUCGCUCGAAAACGCUACAUCGGCAUCUACGAUUACAAUGGCAAAAAUAACAACAGCGUUGUAUCUGCUAUACUUGGUUGUUACUGCGUUUGCCCUCAACGAGGAACUGCUGGAGCAAGAAUGCCCCGUAGAUUGCCAUUGUCACUACUUUCGCAUCAACUGGGUGACGGACUGUUCGGAUAGUAAUCUUACGACUAUCCCAUACAACGAGCUUAGCGAUAAUGUCUAUAUUUUAGACAUGAAUGAUAAUAAUAUUGCAAACAUCGACCCGUUUCCAAGCUCAAUCAAAUUAAGGCGCCUCCAGAUGGCACAUAACAAGCUAACUGAGUUGACGUACGAAUCCUUCGCCGGAUUAACGUAUCUGUUGGAUGCAGAUUUCUCGUACAACGCCAUUACACGUGUAGAUUCUGAAGCGUUUCGGGACAGUCCGGGUCUAAUUACGUUGGAGCUUCAACAUAAUCCUUUGGAGGAGGUUGAAAGACAUUUCUUGAAUUGCCGCACGUUGCUGUACCUCGAUCUAAAUUCAUGCGGUAUCCAUCAUCUUAACAGAGGCUUCUUCCACAACAUAACAAAUUUGAAUAAACUCAAUUUGUCGCACAAUCCUCUGCAAAGAAUAGAACCAGGUCCCUUUGAUCAUCUAACGAAUUUGGAAUAUCUCACGUUGAAUGGAUGCAAUUUAACCUACAUAUCUCCCGAGGCGUUUUCGCACUUGGAAAAUUUGCGACAUUUAGAAAUAGCAGACAAUCAAUUGAAGACAUUAAAUUGGAGGAACGUUCUCACGCCGUUGGUGCGCCUGGAACAUCUAGAUAUCAGUAAAACCGGUAUUAUGAAUUUACCGGGUGACGCCUUCGCUAAGAAUUUGUAUCUCCGUCAAUUGAUUCUCGCAAAUAAUGAAUUGUGGCACUUAGAUGUCGAAGAUACGCUCGGACACAAUCUGCACAACCUUCAAUCUCUAGAUUUAUCAUAUUGCAAUUUACGAGAUCGCCUAUCCGAGGAAGCUUUCACAAACGCAAGUAAACUACGUGUACUCAAUCUGAGCGGUAAUCCAAUGUUCGCCAGCGAUUUAACUGCCGUUCUCCGCCAUCUGCCCAAGCUUCACAAACUCUCUCUCAGCAACUGUAGUCUUCGAAGAUUACCAGACACCUUCGAUGUGUUCGAACAUCUCGAGGAACUAGAUAUCUCCCAUAAUCCGCUAUCCGACGCAUUCGUCAGUCUUCUCAAUCCGUUAACAUCCUUGGAAUAUUUAGAUAUAUCUUAUUGCGAUCUUGGUCAUGUCGGCAAUAAUACUUUCGCACAAAUGACUUUUCUGAAGCGGUUAAUUCUUUCGGGAAACGAACUUCAUACUUUAGAAGAAGGAUUGUUCGCGAAUCUAACGCGUUUGGAAAGUCUAGAACUCAACAACUGCGACCUCAAGAUACCUCUUGAUCCAAAAAUCUUCGGUGAUCAUCAGUCGACGAACAUAAUAGAAGUCAAACUCAGCGGCAAUCCGCUCAUCGUACCCGACGAAGGCUCGCUGCUUCCAACACAGCUAUCUAAUGUAGAGAUUUUAGAUCUCAGCAACUGCGGUAUCUCGCAUUUGAAUGAGGACAUAUUUACUACGACGAAUAAUCUCACCCAAUUGAAUCUUUCGGGAAAUAUUAUUUCUGGUGUGGAAAAUCUGAGCUGUCUGAAAAAACUGCACGCAUUAGAACACAUAGACCUCAGUAAUAACAAAUUGCGCACGAUCAAUCCAAAGGUAUUCGAGUCGAAUCCACGUUUACUCUCGAUCAAUCUUAUGGGAAAUCCGUUUAUUUGCAAUUGCUCUAUCGCGGAGACAUGGAAUUGGGCCGUGCAAGAAAAAGGUGAUCUUCACGUACUCGUUGGCAGUCAACUUACAAAUUUUGAAACUGGCUCCGUAAAGCGAAGAAAGACCCUCUCCUGCGUCUACGACGAGGAAACUUAUCGAAACAUGAUAGAUGGGAAUCAGACAACCCUAAAUCGCAAACAUUACCCCAGUCAAUUUACACCUUCUCGUACUUGGGCUAAGUACGUUCGCGAGUCUAAUUGUAUUCGGCGUUCAUGAUACGCGGCGAACAACUAUCAGCAUCCGAUGCUGAAUGUCUAUUAUCGUAAGGUACGUAAGCACAGACAGGAACUUUGAACAUGAGAGUUCCUGCUAAAUACUACUAUAACAUCAUUAUAUCGUACAAGCCAUAAACUAAUAGCGAUAUCGUGAAAUUUAUAUUUCUGUGGCAUUAUUUUUAUAGUCAGAGGAUUAAAAAAGAUACGGGGAAUAGUUUAUGUAUUAGAAAAUAUCAUAAGGUAUGUCCGCAUUGAAAUGUUGCUAAGUCAAAUACUCGGUUUUGUAUAUAUAUUAUAUACACACUUCUUUUUUUUUAUAUAUAGUAUAUUAUAAUAAUUCUUAUUCGCAUCAAUCAAACAUUAUAUUUUCAUGUGUCCCAAUUAAUAAAGUAAUAUGUUUAGUCAAGUAUUAGCAUAAUCAGCUGCCAAUGUGACCGAUGUUAAAAAUAAAGUUGAAAAAUUCCAAGGAUUA